CAUGCCCAACCUCGUAGACGUGUCACGUACAGCUGAGCUCUUUGCCACCUUUGCCCAAAAUCCUGUGGUGGUGUGCUUUAUUGGUUCCAUCUUUGUUGCUUACGUAUUGGUGGUCAUAUGGGCACGCGGGAAGGACAUCCAGGACACAACCAAAGUCUGACUUGAAAAACCACUGCUACCAUUUUAUCAUCUUUGCCGUUGAACUUGCUGUUGAUGCAUAGUUUCAUCUUCAAGUGUUACUUCUUGUAGGUGAAGGUAACAUUGUUGGAAGAUAAUGACCCCUUGGCUGAAUACCGUUACAUGCUGAAUAUCAGCACUGGGCAUCGGCGUGGUGCUUCCACCUCGUCUCAGGUUACUGUGACUCUGCUGGGCACGGAGGGAGAGAGUGAGCCACACCACCGCGCUGACCCUGACAAGCCUGUAGUUGAGAGGGGUGCAGUGGAUACGUUCCUGUUGACCACACCCUUCUCUCUGGGGGAGCUGCAGAGCAUCAGGCUGUGGCACGACAACUCAGUGGGGCACCCUGCCCUCAGACGAAGAGGAGAUAGUGGAUCUGAUGCUGAUGAAGUUCUGCAGCUUGUUCGGGAUCAAAUAUAAGAAAGAAGAUAAAGAAGAAAGUAACAGUCCCAACAAUGCCUCUGUUACUAAGAAAGGACCCUCCACUAUAUCCUCAUAGAUGCUUAGUUCUCAGUAAAGAUCUGCCAAUCUGUAUGAAUUGAUAUUGGAACUGCUUUCAUUUAUGUUGCUCAAUAGGAGUAUUAAAACACGUUAUAUCAAGA